GCGCACAUGCUGUCUGACGGAGCGAGCGCUCGUCCACCUGGCUGCUUGCAUGAGCGUGUGUGUCUGCGCGGGGGAGGAGGAGGAUACCUUAAACGGAUUCUUUGGUGUGAGCCUGAAACAGGUCCAGUGAUUUCCUCCCCCCUUUUCUUUCUCUCCCUCCUCUCUGUCUCCCUCUCAGUGGCUGACCAAGCUCCUCUCCUCUGUGUCUGGCUCUCCACCUGGCCUCCAUGAGUUUAAAUGAGGACAAGCCUUUCCUCCCUGGAAGAUGGGAAAUGCUUCAGAUGUAUCCUCUUUGUUUGUCUCCACCAUCUCCAAGGAGCAGGACAUCCUCAUGGGUUCACUCUACACUGUGUUCUGUAUACUGUCCCUCGUUGGCAAUUGUGUUCUGCUACUUGUUGCCUAUCACAAGCGAUCAACCCUGAAACCAGCUGAGUUCUUCAUCAUCAAUCUCUCCAUCAGCGACCUUGGGAUGACACUCGCUUUAUUUCCACUGGCCAUACCCUCAGCUUUUUUGCACAGGUGGCUGUUUGGAGAAAUCACUUGCCAGCUCUAUGGCAUGUGUGGAGUCUUAUUUGGUCUCUGCAGCUUGACAAACCUCACAGCCCUCUCUUUAGUGUGCUGCCUUAAAGUCUGCCUCCCAACCUAUGGUAACAAGUUCUCCUCUUCACAUGCUCGCCUCCUGGUGGCUGGAGUGUGGUGCUACGCAUCUGUGUUUGCAGUGGGGCCCUUAGCACAGUGGGGUCAUUACAGUGCUGAACCUUACGGCACAGCCUGCUGCAUUGACUGGCAUGCACCCAACCACGAGCUUUUAGCUUUGUCUUACAUUAUCUGCCUUUUUGUCUUUUGCUACGCACUGCCCUGCACCAUCAUCUUCCUUUCCUACGCUUUCAUUCUGCUGACCGUGCGGGGGUCACGUCAGGCCGUCCAGCAGCAUGUGUCACCACAGACCAAGACCACCAAUGCACACGCUCUCAUUGUGAAGCUGUCAGUUGCAGUGUGUAUUGGCUUCCUGGGUGCCUGGACUCCUUAUGCUGUGGUGGCCAUGUGGGCCGCUUUUGGAGAUGCCACACAGGUCCCACCCACUGUGUUCGCCCUAGCUGCCGUGUUAGCCAAAUCUUCCACCGUCUACAACCCUAUGGUCUACCUGCUGUGCAAGCCCAACUUUCGGGAGUGCUUAUACAGAGACACGUCUAUGUUACGACAGAUGAUGAGGGGAAGCCCGCAGCCACAGGAACGUUUCGGAUCCACUUCGCAGCGCAACAAGGACACGAGUGCCUCCACAAGAUUCUCAAAUGGACAGCAGGAGAGUUACGGGGCAUGCCUUAACUGCACUGAGAACACAGCAUUGUGUCACGGGACCAGGCCCCAAAAGACUGCCUGCAUCCUGACAGGAUCUGUCUACACGGAGGUGACAGUUAGCCAGCUCACAUCCAAAACGCAACCAGAUUUUAUCUAAUGGUACAACCUCCCUUUUUCAUGAAGUAAAUGAGAGAUGACACAUGCUCAAAAAGACAGAGAAACAACCAGACAACAAAAAAAAGCUGCACCAAGCAGUAUGUUUCACAAAGACUCAACAGCUUGACAACUCCAAACAGAGGCUUGCAAGGACUUUUGAUGGAAAGACUAAAAGAAUUAAAUGUCUUUAAUUGUAGAAAAAUCUUUACUGGGCUCACUUCCCCUGAGAGGAUUUGUCACAGACAUUUUUACAAGUCUUGAUGUCUACUUCUGUGCAACUUUUUGCCUGUUUUAUAAUAAUAUGCAGACAUUUAAAUGGAUUCUGAAGGAACAGAAAAUGAGACAGGAGAGCUCCUGCUGGGCCAGGGUUAAUCCGGAAAAUGCAUAUCUCAGUGUGCAAAUAAGGAAUGGACUAUGUUUCAUAUCUCAUCUGUCAAAAAUAAAAAUAAAAAAAUAAUAAUAAUGUGGACAUGUGUAGCUGCUGCAUGUUUAAAAAAAAGGUGGCCCUCAACCAAAAUUAAUCAUCCUCUGAUGGCUUGAACAUCUGUAUAUACGUGUUGUCCUUGUCACGACAGGGAUGGAUUGUAACAGAGACAUAAAAUCAAAUUGUCUACUGCUGUUUUCUGGUAAGAGGGAAGCAACCAACUUGCAGUAUCUACUUCAAACCUACAUGGGUAUCUGAGGACGUGACAGUAGAAAGAGAUUUGGUGAAGAGGUCAGUACUUGAUGAGGCUCUACUCUUGUCUGCAGUCUGUUUCUUUAGAGGAUUCCUUUCAUAUUGGUUGAUGAGGGCCUCCUUCCUCUUCAGACCUACUGUGUUCAACCCUUGAUGGUUGUAUGAUUACAUCUCUGGAAGUUAUUACUUAACAACAGGAGUGACACCGAGUAAUUUAAGACAAAGAACCCAGGAAUGCUCUGCAGUUUUGUUUAGUUUUUUUAGUGUGAAGAACAAGAUUUCCUAAGUCCAUACAAUGGCAGAAAGUCCUCACUUACAGAGAUGGCUUCCCUCAUUGAAGCUUUAUUUGAGUAUAAACUAGCUCACACGUCAGUGCCCACUUUCUCACACUUUUUUCUUGCUAAGUAAUAUGAAUAGCCGUCAGAAAAAAAAAAAUCAACUGGCAAUAAUAAUUUCUGAUCCAGCAUUUUGGUACAGAAAAUAUAAUUUUCCACAAAAUACACAACAUUUUCAUAUAUUUAUUUCUGUUCAUUAUGUUUUUAAUUUGCACCUGUGCUGUGCAGCUUCAUGUGCAUGCAAAAUAAAAGUUAAAAAAUCUAAA